AGGACACGCUGUGUUUCGUCCCCCCCUAGCCUUUUUCCUUCCUGUCUCUCCCUCUCAUCUCGCCUUAUGAAAGCCCGCAAGAAGGCGCGAGAUGCUGCCCAAAUCGCAAGAUCCGUCUCAUCUCCCUAACCCUAACCCGAGUACUAAUCUCAACCUCUCCUCCACCUUCCCUCCCAAUGCGCCUGCGGUGGCUGCCGGAGCGGUGGCGAUGUUCCAGAGCGCGGGCCCGGCGGCGUCGCCUCGUGGAGUGCACCACCGGCGGGCCAGGUCGGAGCUGGCGUUCCGGGUCCCGGACGACCUCGAUCUGAGCUCCGGGGACCCCCUGGAGGGCGGGAGCUUCGACAUCGGGUUGGAGGACGACCUCUUCUGCGCGUUUAUGGACAUCGAGAAGAUCGGGUGCAGGCUGGAGGGGAGCGGAUCCGGGUCGGAGGGUGGGGUGUGCCGGGAUCGGGCUGCGGAGAGCUCUGAAGGAGGGGAGGAUCGGAAAAUCGGCAAUGCCGCUGGAGCGGUGGCUGUGAGGCCCAAGCAUCGGCACAGCAACUCGAUCGACGGGUCAUCAAUGUCAUCGGGGACCACGAGGGGGGAGGGAGUGUUUGGAGAAGUGGUGGAGGCGAAGAAGGCCAUGACGGCCGAGGAGCUCGCGGAGCUAGCUGCCAUCGAUCCGAAGCGGGCUAAAAGAAUUCUUGCUAACCGACAUUCAGCUGCCCGCUCAAAAGAACGAAAAGCUCGUUAUAUUUCAGAACUUGAGCGGAAAGUUCAGGCCCUUCAAACUGAAGCUACAACUCUCUCAGCACAGCUCACUUUAUUCCAGAGAGACACAACAGGGUUGUCUGCAGAGAAUGCAGAGCUUAAAUUACGAUUACAAGCCAUGGAACAACAAGCUCAAUUGCGUGAUGCACUAAAUGAGGCACUAAAGCAGGAAGUUCAGAGACUGAAGAUAGCAACGGGUGAAAUAUCAAAUCCUGGUGAGACAUAUGACACAGGGCUACAACAUGUGCGCUAUAGUGCUCCAUUUUACGUACUUUCCCAACAACAACCAGUCCACCAUCAAGGCAUUCAAUUACAACCCCAAUCCCACCAGUCUCAGCCCAGUGUUUCAAAUCACCAGUUUGCCCGCCCCACUGCCCUUCCAGAUAGGAUGCAGCAAGACCCCCUCGGAAGACUACAGGGAUUGGAUAUCAGUAAAGGUUCUCUUAUUGUGAAAUCAGAGAGUUCCUCGAUCUCUGCUACUGAAAGCAGCAGCACCUUCUAAGCAGGCCGAUCCAACAAGCAACACACAUUAGAUUUUUAUCCAUAGAUUGACAUCCUUGAGUUGCAUCUGCUUUGCUUGCUCUAUUUUGCGUUACAUUUUUUCAAUUAACUGGAAAUUGUUUGUUUUAAUUGCAUGAUUGUAAGCUUUCUUCCCCUUUGUCAAGCUUGCAAAAUUUGUUGGUGCGUUAUUGAUGAGUUCUUAUAUUUUCUGUUUGUUCAUGUUAUGAGCAAAUGUGCAUUGUUUUGUUGAGGGUCUCACAUUUGUCCCCCACAAAUUAUGUAUCCCUUUUUUUUUUUAAAAAAAACAUUAUUUUGGCUUUUUUUUUUUGAUAAUUUAUGCUGCACCCUGCUUGUUAGUGUUCUUUUUCUACCACCUUUUUUCCUUUUUUCAUGAGGAAGGACUAAAAUUCCAAUAAUUAUUUGACAGUCCAGCUGAACUCCAAAAUGUUCUUCAAAUUCUACUUGGGUUUCUUGUUUUAGCUGAACAAGGUGGUUCUGUCCUGCUUCUGUCGGAAACUUAAUCGAAACCUUUUUCAUUCUUUGCGGAUACACAGCUUGGAAAAUCUCUUGAUGACGCUCAUUAACAAUCAUUACUGUUGGAUUCGUUAUUUGUUUUAGCAUGAAUAGCAAAAAUUGAUUCUUUGAUUUAGUCUGUAGGCAUGUGGAGGUGCGAUGGAGGCCAAUGCUUCUCGAAGGUGGGCUGCUCUUUUAUCGCCAGCAGUGGAGUGGGGACGGCUGCGGUAAUGUUCGCAAGCUCACGUCAACACCUUCAAGCUGGUUUCUUUCCAGCAUAAACACUUGCUUACUGGAAGCCUCGGAAAGCUAAUGAUUAAAAAGAAAGUUGAUAUUUGACCAGAAAAUAAAAGAAACGAAAGUUGAUCAUUUUCUAACACUCCAUCCAGCAUACAUCAUUCUACUACUUUGUCCAUCCACGCAAUUUCUUUAUGCCGACAAGUAUUUGCAGUGAAAGUUUAUGUUGAGGGAAAACCCUUAUUUGCACAUUAAGUCUGAUAGUUUAUAAAAACUUAUUUUGUUAUUCAA